AUGACGAAAUUUCUUCAUAUCUUUAUCGGCUGUGGUUUUCUUUUACCUUCAACUUUUUUUUAUAAUUUCUUUCUUUCUCCUAUUUCUUUUUUUUUCUCUUUCUUUCUUUCUUUCUUUCUUUCCUUCUUUCUUUCUUUCUUUCUUUCUUUCUUUUUUUUUUUCUUUCUUUCUUUCUUUCUUUUUUUCUUUCUUUUGUUUUCUCCAUUUGUUACUCGGUGUUUCUAUUCCCCACACCCUGAAUAUUUUUUCCUUCUUUUUUUAUUCACUCUUAACUUUUCUUUGUACCUUCCUUUCCUUCUUUCUUUUACUUCUACUAAUCUCUUCUCUUUCCUUGUCUUAUUUAUAACACUUCUGCCUCUCCAUUUUUCUUUAUUUCCUUUCGACUUUUUUUUCUUUCCUUCCUUCCUUCUUCGUUCAUUCGUUCGUUUCUUCGUUCCGUCCUUCUUUCCUUCCUUCCUUUAUUUCUUUAUUCCUUGCUUCCCCCUUUCCUUCCUUUUUCAUUCCUUCCUUCCUUCCUUCUUUCCUUCCUUCCUUUAUUCUUUUCUUCUUUCCUUCCCUCUUUCCUUCCUUUUUCAUUCCUUACUUCCUUUAUUCCUUCCUUCCCUCUUUUCUUCCUUUUUCAUUCCUUCCUUCCCUCUUUCCUUCCUUUUCAUUUCUUUCUUCCUUCCUUUCUUCCUUCCUUUCUUUAUUCCUUCCUUCCUUUAUUCUUUUCUUCCUUCGCUCUUUUCUUCCUUUUUCAUUCCUUCCUUCCUUCCUCUAUUCCUUUCUUCCAUCCUUCCCUCUUUCCUUCCUUUUUCAUUCCUUCAUACCUUCCUUCCUUUUCAUUCCUUCAUACCUUCCUUCCUUUAUUCCUUCCUUUCUUCCUUUCUUCCUUCCUUUAUUCCUUUCUUUCUUCCUUUUUUCCUUCCUUCCUUCCUUCAUGUUUUCCUUACCUCCUCCCACUAA